AUGAUAAUACCUCGCCAUAGACAUACUCUCAGAGUUGUUGUUUCGGUGUUCACACGGGCUGUCACAAAUAUGCAGAGUGAGCCAGGCAUCCACAGUGUCCCACAAACUGAGACGCAAUUAAGGUUGUCAUUAUGUGCCUACCUGUAUACCAGUGCCAGACUUUUCUCAUCCGAAAGUGACUCACAAGGUCAAGACAGCUUUGAUAUUGGUAAAAAGGAAAAGUUAGAUAUAGAAAAGAGAAAUGAAGAUGACAGUGAUGAACAUUCACCAGUGAGUUCACAAAGUUGUGUUUCGAACUUAACGUCUUCACUUCCUGAUGAAGAGAAGCAUCUUGAGCCUGCACUCGCAGCCAUGAUGGAUGAGAAAACGCAGCCUCCGAGUGCUUUGAAAACCAUUUCAGUUGUUCCAGGUAAAGGUCCUCCACCAGAACCUCCUGUCACUUGCUGCAUGAGUGGAUGUGUCAACUGUGUGUGGAUCAAAUAUGCUGAGGAGUUGAAAGAUUAUUAUAGUGAUGGGGGAGAGCAAGCUAAAGCAGCAGUGGAGAAGAUUGAAGAUGCUUCUCUUCGGGCAUUUGUGAAACUUGAAUUAGGACUUUAG